AUGGUAUCCACUCUCUUGUCCCUCACGAUUAUUGCUAUCUCACUCUCCAGGUCCUCGCAAGCCAUCCCGCAGCCUGUUCCUAGGUUUCUAAGCUUCGCCGAUGUGGUUGACCCGGGUCCCCCAGCAGCCCACAGUGGCCUAGUCCACGCAUCAGCAGCUUCCGGCAUGGUCACAGUCGCCCCUCAGCCAACGACACCCGAAACACCUGGCGAAUACUACAUCGUCCGACCUCGCCUGCUAGGUCCUAGUGUCGCCCCUCAACCUGAAACACCUGGCGAAUACUACGUCGUCCGACCUCGCUUGCCAGUUUCUGAUCAGUUGGCUCCUUCGCCAGCCCAAGGCCGCAGGCUCGCACCAUCUCUUCCACAUCACUUCACCGUCGGCAGAGAUUCAUCAAUAUAUCCCCCUCACAGCCACGGCUACUUUCACAUGCCAACCCAUGCCAAAGUAGGAUCCCUCGAAGAACAUUUUAGAGGCAGACCUGCUCUUCAAGCCGUAGCUUUGGAACAAUUAUUGGCUUUAACAACCCGGCCAGAGAAACCAAUGACAAUGUCGACCGAUAAUUUGAGGUUGUGGCAAAAUAAGAACAAUGGGUAUAUGGCUCUUAAUCCACGCGAUCGAGCAGAAGUAUGUUCCUGGCUCGGAAAUCAAUUCUUUGAUAGCCAUCUCGGCGGAAAACAUCGAGCACGUGACAUAGGAUACAUCUGGUCCCUAGAGCAACUCAAUCGGAGACAUCCAGUUUGGUGGAAAAAUUCUCUCAUUUCCAAAGGGGAUCCUAACAAUAAUGGAUAUAUCGAUCUCGUGGACGUUGGCGACCUCCUCAACUUCUUCGACCCGAGUGGAAACUUCAAACUCACUGCUGAACAAGUGAACGACAUCGCUCCCAAGCUCAGCGACAUUCUCUACCUCGGUGAAGAUAACAACGUCAGAAGCGUUGGAUUGAACAUCAAGCCAUUGAGGGCCUACAAGGACAGCGCGGGCGUCUCGAUGUAUGAAUCCCGGACAGGCCAAGUGAUGAAAGAGCUGUUGAGAAAUUUCAACCGGAAAACGGCUGAUGAGAAAAAGAGAGUAAUCCAAGACCUUUUCCUGUUUACUGGUACCCCUCCCUCCGAAGUCAUCAAACGGGCGGAUAAUGCGCUCAACAAGAACUCGGAAUCUUUCCAGAAACUCCUAGAAUACCAAGGCGACUCCCGCGGCCAAAAGGACUAUCAAAGGAUAAAAGCAGAGCUAGAAAAGUUGGGGAAAAAAUGA